GGCAACAAUAUGCGCCAAAUACAGCUUCUCCUAUCUGAUGGACGUGGAAAGACAGCAGCUUCAAAGGGAAUGGAGACCGGCGGGCGUCCUUCCCUCGGACAGGUCAUUCUCCUGGCCUCCAGCUCGGCUGCUACGGCCCUGUUUUAUUCCAUCUACCGCAGUAAAUACAACUCCGCGCGGACCCUAAAGGGAGCCAGGAAGAUAUCGCUGAGCGAUGACCUUCAGAGCAUCCUCCUGGAGCUGCCCGGUAGAUGCGUCCCGUACGCGGUUAUUGAAGGGGUUGUGAAAUCUGUAAAGGACUCUCUAAACAGCCAAUUUGUGGAAAACUGCAAAGGCGUGAUCCAGCGGCUCUCGCUGAAGGAACACAAGAUGGUUUGGAACAGAACCACUCAUCUGUGGAAUGACUAUGAGAAAAUUAUCCACCAAAGAACAAACACGGUCCUCUUUGACCUGGUACCCGAUGACGGCGUCGGACCCGGAGUAAGGGUGGUAAAACCCUUAGACGCCACCGAGUUGGCUCUUGAGAUGGUGUACGAGAAGUUCCACCCAGCGGUGCAGUCGUUCACCGACGCCGUGGGCCAUUACAUCCUCGGAGAGCGUCCCAAGGGAGUCCAAGAAACAGAAGAGAUGCUGAAAACCGGCGCGACCAUAACCGGCGUGGGGGAGUUGGUUCUAGAUAACAAAAUUAUUAAGCUUCAGCCUCCGAAAGCGGACAUGCGGUAUUACCUGAGCAACCUGGAUUUCGAAGCGUUGGUGAAGAAGCAAGAAGCUCAGGUCCGGCUCUGGAGGAUUCUGACCUUGGUUUUCGGCUUCGCCACCUGUGUCAGCCUGUUCUUCAUCCUGAGACGUCAGUACCGGCAUCACAAGGAGAAGCAGCGCUUGAAGAAGCUUCAGAGAGAGUUUCAAGCGGCGACGGCUCGGGUGGAGAAAGAAGGCGGCGAGGACGUUCGCAACCUGUGCGUCAUCUGCCUGAGUAACGAGAAAUCCUGCGUGUUCCUCGAGUGCGGCCACGUCUGCUCCUGUUACGAUUGUUACCAAGCUCUUCCUGCCCCCCAAAAAUGUCCCAUCUGUAGAAAGGAAAUUUCCAGAAUGGUUCCUCUCUAUAACAGCUAAGAGGUAGAGCGUGGUGGGAAGGUGGACAUCCUCCAUCGUCCUGAAGGAGCCUGCGAUGGGUUUCUGGCGUUGCUUGGCCCGCUCAGGGGAAUCUGACAUCGCUGUCUCUUCGUUAUGAAAGCUUAUGAAAGUUUUGGAACAUGGGAUCUGGAAAACCAAAGAUUUUCCUCCAAUACAAAGACUAAAUCUAAAGAGCUUCAAAGAUAAAUUCUGCUUUCUUUGGCGAGGAAACGUUCUUCUUUCUAGCAGCCGGUUAGACUUUUUUGGGAAAAACUUGUAUUUUUGGGGGGGUUACUUGGUAAAAAAAAAAAAAAAUAAAUAAUAAAAAAAAAUUACAGGAAAUCCAUCAAAAUGGAAACAAAAAAAAUAGUUUCCGCUUUAUUUUUAUUUUCAAACCGACAACUCCGUUAACUUAAAUACGUCGAUGUCAUAAUCCUACUCAAAAUAAGAUUUUCCUUUAAAAAAAAAUAGAGACAUUUUUAAGGUUAAAUCUCUAUAAAUUGUAUCAACUACUCUAGAACCAAAAAUAUUGUCAUCGGAAGAAAAAUCUUAAGAGAUAGGAAGGAAGAAUGAAAUAUUCUUGAAUCUUCAAUUUUCAGACUAUUGUUUCGUUACCAUGGUGAUUGGGCAAAAGUAUUGCGGGAUGGGCCAUGCUUUUCCUAACAAGGAUAUCUUGAGAAUUAUUGUCCCAAAAAAGAAAGUUCUAGGUCUCGAUUAAGAGUCCAUUUGGGACAGAAGAACUUGUUUCUCCAAAUUCAUAAUUUGUGAUACAUUGUCUUCAAGAAUGUUUCAUGUUUCGUUCUGCCUUCCCAAGUGCCUCCAGAAUUAUAAGGACGAAAAUGAAGAUUUAUACCAUAAAAUUACAAAAAUAUUUCAAGAAAUAAUUUAUGAAACAGCGAGUAACUUAUUGUUUUUGGUUCUUCUUUCAUAGUUUUCAUUUCCGCCCCCAAUAAGACAUGAGAAAAUUGUUAUCUUAUGAGCCCAUCGCUUUCUUUUUAUGAAAUAAUAAGGAUUUGGUGAAUUGUGCUAUAUAUUCUUGUAUAAAUCAAUCUAAAUAAAUGUUUAUUUUGGAAUCA